AUGAGCACCAUCUCUACAGAAGCCACUUGGGUCACAGCCGACGUGCCCCAAGCCAUCGAAAGAGCCAACGAACACAACAUGAUUGUCUCUUACACCCGUCACAGACGCUCAGCCGACGAUGUCACCUACACCUACCAAGUCCCGCUCUCGAAAAUCCGGUGGAAAGAUUUGGAUGACCAGGAGCUGCUCGAAAGUCUCAAGCGAGCCCUGCACACCCGUCUCGAUGUCAGUGGCGAGGGAUAUUCCUUCGUCUGGCGCAUGGCAGACACCGACCAAAUCGCAUUCAUUCGUUCGAGAAACUCAUUUGAAGCCGCCAUUCUUGACCACAAGAAUGCAAACAAGAAGAUCAUCCAGAUUUUUGUCGUCAGCAAUGAUAGUAAGUCAAUCCAUUUUCUGAAGAAUCUUCCAGCAGCUGACUUGUAA